AUGAGUUCCCUACGGUUCCUCGACCUGGUCAAGCCGUUCGUGCCGUUCCUCCCUGAGGUUCAGCAGCCGGAGACCAAGGUUCCCUUCAACCAGAAGCUGAUGUGGACGGCCCUCACCCUCCUUAUCUUCUUGGUCAUGAGCCAGAUGCCCCUUUACGGCAUUGUCUCUUCCGACAACUCGGAUCCCCUAUACUGGCUGCGUAUGGUUAUGGCGAGUAACCGCGGAACCCUGAUGGAGCUGGGUAUCACCCCCAUCAUCUCCUCCGGCAUGGUCUUCCAGCUCCUCGCCGGUACCCACAUGAUCGACGUCAACCUCGACCUCAAGAGCGACCGCGAGCUGUACCAGACUGCCCAGAAGCUCUUUGCCUUCAUUCUCUCCGCCGGUACCGCCACUGUCUACGUCUUCACCGGUCUCUACGGCCGACCUUCCGACCUUGGCGCCGGUAUCGUCUUCCUCCUCGUCCUCCAGCUCUUCGUUGCCGGCAUGAUCGUCAUUCUCCUCGACGAGCUCCUCCAGAAGGGAUACGGCCUCGGCUCUGGUAUCUCUCUCUUCAUCGCCACCAACAUCUGCGAGUCCAUCAUGUGGAAGGCCUUCUCCCCCACCACCAUUAACACUGGUCGUGGCCCCGAGUUCGAGGGUGCCGUUAUCGCCCUUUUCCACCUUCUCCUCACCUGGCCCAACAAGCAGCGCGCUCUCCAGGAGGCCUUCUACCGCCAGAACCUCCCCAACAUCAUGAACCUUCUGGCCACCAUCCUCGUCUUCGCCGCUGUCAUCUACCUCCAGGGCUUCCGCGUCGAGAUCCCCGUCAAGUCCUCCCGCCAGCGUGGUGCCCGCGGCUCUUACCCCGUCCGCCUCUUCUACACCUCCAACAUGCCCAUCAUGCUGCAGUCCGCUCUGUCCUCCAACAUCUUCCUCAUCAGCCAGAUGCUGUACUCCCGCUUCUCUGACAACCUCCUCGUCCGUCUUUUCGGUGUCUGGGAGGCCAAGGACGGCUCUGCCCAGCUCUCUGCCAUCUCCGGUCUGGCUUACUACAUGUCUCCCCCCUUGAACUUCAAGGACGCCCUCCUCGACCCUAUCCACACCGCUGUCUACAUCGUCUACAUGCUGGGUGCCUGCGCCAUCUUCUCCAAGACCUGGAUUGAGGUUUCCGGCUCCAGCCCCCGCGAUGUCGCCAAGCAGCUCAAGGACCAGGGUCUCGUCAUGGCCGGUCACCGCGACCAGAGCAUGUACAAGGAGCUCAAGCGCAUCAUUCCCACUGCCGCUGCCUUUGGCGGUGCUUGCAUCGGUGCUCUUUCCGUUGCCAGCGACCUCAUGGGCGCCCUCGGCUCCGGCACUGGUACUCUCCUGGCUGUCACCAUCAUCUACGGCUACUUCGAGAUUGCUGCCAAGGAGGGUGACCUGUCUGGCAUGAAGGGCAUGAUUAUGGGAUAA